ACGUUAGUAAAGUUUUAAAAUUUCUAGUGAUUACACCGUAUUUGUGCGAUCUAGUGCGAUUAUGCCGUUCACAGCAUAUUUGGUGAUCGGAUUUUGUUUAAUGCAAACUGUUCAUGGACUUCAAGGAGCACACCACGACGAAUAUCCCAUGCUGCCGAACGAACGAACAACUUUGGAUGACUGCAAUUUGCGUUAUCAUAUUUUGCUCGGCAGGAUAGGAUUGGUAGGUCCGGCCCUCGGACACCGAUCUCGGCUGAAGGAAACGGUUCACCUAGGUAUAGUCGGAUGGACUCAAUCGAACGGCACCGUUCAGUGGCGCUGUGAAGGAACGUUGAUUUGGUUUGACGUUGUGCUGACGGCCGCGCGAUGCACUCUGGAUUCCAACGGUCAGCAACCCGACGUGGUAAGGUUUGGAGGAUUAAAUGUGAAUGAUUCAGAAAAUCCGGACGACAUUCAACAAUUUGAUAUUGUCAAUAUUACCAGAUUUCCAGAGUAUCAAGUUGAUAGCCCAUAUCACGAUAUUGCACUCCUGAGAUUGGAAAAAAACGUAACCACCAACAGUACAGCGGUACCGGCAUGCCUUUGGACGAAGGAAGAAUUUAGGUUUAAAACUUUAAACACCACUAUUUGGGUUCAGGAACAAACGCAGUUGAAGAUAGCAUUCAAAGAACUUGAACUCUCUAAUUGUAGCACAAACCAAACAGAGCACACUAGUCAACAUUUAAAGCAAUACAACAUUUGUGGCGAAACCGAACAGUUGGACGUUCAUGAAACAAUUCCUUCUGGAGCUCCACUCCAAAUCCGACUGACGCACAAUGGACGAGUAUCACCAUUUCUGGUUGGAAUUUCAACUAAUGAAAACGAUGGUAGUAUUCCUAGAAAUUUAAUGUUUACAAAGGUGGCCUCUUAUCAAGACUGGAUAAUCGCCACUAUGCGAUCGUAUGGAAUUAUAGCAGACGAAGAUAUGUUGAAUUCUACAUUGUGUGCCAUGCAUUUUGCGACUCAGCGUGAGUACGAAGAUCGCAUAAUAACGUACAGAAGCAACGAAUCCGUUUCCAUUGAUCUUGGCUAUCGAAGCAUAAAACAGGAUUAUGAGCUUCCUUCAUACAUAGUACAGCUAGCUUGGCACACAGAAGAGUCUCAAAAUUGCUACGGAGUAGUUAUCGACGAAUCAACAGUGUUAACAUUGGCUCAAUGCACCAUUCAUGAUGGAUCUCCUGUGGCUCACGUAUUGUUACCAAACAACAUUUGGAUUAACGUGUCGUCUGUACACAUCCAUCCAGAAUAUGGAAACGCUUCUGCUCGUAAUAACAUCGCUAUAUUAAAAUUGGAAAAAUUCAUCGACACUAACCAAAUUCAGCCAACCUGUAUUUGGUACAAUCACGACAUUCCGUCUAACAACGUAGAUAUAUUUGGAUUCGGUAGAGCUGAUAUCCAUUAUUUUUGGCCGCUUUCAUUGGAUUCAACAUUUACGUAUCUUCAAGUGUCGGCCAAAGUUCAGACUGCAUCAACAUGUCUAAUUCCUACGAACUAUUCUACAAGCUUAGACAAGGGAUCAAAUAGUGACCUUAUAUGCUUGGGGAGAAACUUCUUUUUAGUUCCGGACUCGUGUCAGCUAUUAACCGGAGGUGCUCUCCGUGGAUCAACUUAUCGUUAUCACAACUCGUAUCCUACAACGUAUGGAUUAGUUCAAUUCGGUCAGGAUUGUGGCUUUGGUGAACACGCGCUAGCCACAAAUUUGGCGAGUCACGUUAAAUGGAUGGAGUCGGUAUUACUUCCGAAACGUUCGGAGGGUGAUACAGCAUUGCAGUUUAUCGAUUCAGAUCAAACCGAAGGAGAUUCGUGUACUUCAAAUAGCGGAAAGCUGGGCCUUUGUGUUCCUGUCGCAAAGUGUUCGGAAAAGUGGGUCCAACUACUGUCGUCAGAUAGUUUUUUGCUUUGUUCGUCGAACUCUGUAGUUUGCUGUCCGACCGAUCUCAUAAUAGAUGACGAGAGUAUAGCUUCAGAUCUUUUGAAUUGUCCUGAAAUUGUUACAAAUCUGGCACCUAUAUCACAGCAAGGAUCAAUGGUUCGUCUAGGUUGGCUAACUAAUGAUAGCUUAGAAUUUCGAUGCAUUGGAUCUAUCAUAACAAAUACCGUCAUCCUAACCACUGCCAGUUGCCUGGGAGAGGUGGCGCCGAAUUUAGUUGAACUAGCUGGAAACGUUUCACAGGCUAGACACGAAGUAAGCAAAGUAUUGCUGCAUCCAGCGUACAAUUCGUCCGAGGAUAGCUCCAAUAAUAUCGCUCUGGUCUCACUGAAAAAUCCCCUGGAAUGGAGCUCUGAGAUAUUCCCCGCAUGCUUGUGGAUAAAUGAAACACAUACUCCCCUAGUACUGCGAAUGGUGUACUUUGACGAAUCCGGUAAAACGCUAUAUUCUCUGGUGCUACCUAUGUACAACUCGGAUUGCCAAAGAACACACCCGAAUCGGUUGCUCGGUACACACAUUUGCGCAAAAAACCGUGGUAGCAAAUCUACAUGCGUUAAGACUGCUAGCCAAUUAAUGUGGCAUAGAGCUGAUAAAGUCCAGUUCAUCGUUGGUUUGGCAGUGGAGGCACCAGAUUGCAAGGAUUGGUACUAUAUGAUAUUUACCAGGGUGGCUUCAUUCAAGAAGUGGAUAGCACAAAAUUUACAGUGAAAUGGUACUGCAGCAAUAGACAUUUAGUUAGGUUUUUUUCAGAUUUAGU